UUGAUUACCCUGCCAUAAGUUCACGCGAUAGUGGCAGAGCUGAACCUCUACUUGGUACGCAGCCCGUUCGUUACAAGUUCAAGAUCACUGACCAACGAAUAAGCAUCCCGUAUCCUCUUAAGACUAAGUCUGAUAAACACUUGAAAAGAUCCUCAGAGAAUUUGAUUACGAAGAGAGGAGGACCCAUUAUGUUACUACUAGUUCUUCCUUCCCUUCCGCAUAGUGGCCAAAUUUUCUGGAUACGGACCGACACGGUAGCAACCUCUUUCUCAUUGAAAGAAGUUGUUUUCCUCAUAAUGUCUACCGGCUCUUUGCGGAAGCGCUCGCGCGAAGAAGGUGACGAUGACGAGGACGAGGCACAACCGAGCAAAAAGAGAGAAUUCGCAGAGGAAGAGCGGGAUUUGCUUCGUGCUGUGUGCAACUUGGAAGGAACCGUUCGCCUUGCUCACGACCUGGUCUCAAGCCUUCAGACAAUAGCCGCCCAUACUAGACUAGGAUCGAAACAUGUAUCUCACCUGGAUCCUCUACGAAAUCGGCUUUCACUUCUUGCAAGGACGUGUGGCGACAUCAAGCCUGACCGCCAACAGUUCGCCUUUGAUACUUUAACGGCUUUUGAAACCGACUUUCCGGAGGCCCCCCCAGUUUUAACCGGUAUAUUUUCAAAGGCGCUCUCUACUCCAUUCGCUGAACGCUUAAUGAUCGUACCAUCCGCCAACACCUACGCCCAAGCCACGGUCUGGCCCGCUUGGCAGAACCGGUCAACUGCUGUUCUCAACCUACGUCCAAGUCAAAACCAAGGCCUCCCCCUCUCCACUCUUCAUACUAUCUUUGCUGAAUUCCGUGGCUUCAUGGCAGAUCCACUUCCCAAGACAGACAGCCUCCCUGCGGCAUAUCAGACUGCAUACAAUCUCUGCUUGAGGAUGGCCGACUCGUUUCCGGACGCAGGGGCUCACCGAAAUGAAUUUCAAAACCAUUCGAUACAAUUUCUUG